AGUAGUUCGACAAAUCAGCGCUCAACAGUGAGAUCGCAAUUUGGGGACCUGUUCAUUUUUGCAAGUCAACCAAUUUCCAACCCAUAAAUCAACGUCACUCAGAUCGACGAUAAAGCAAAAUUUCCCAUGCUUUGAAAGGAGAAAGAAGGUUUUGCAAAGACGUAUACAGCAUAGUGCGCACUUUUUAAAGAUAGUGAUCCACUUCUCAACAUAAGUGUCCCGAGUUUUAAAAGUUUUUUAUUUUAGGUUGAUUUUGCUGUAAGUACUACACCCGUUUUUCAAGGGGAUAUCUUUUCAAUCUGUUUCUGUAACCUAUUGCGAUGACCAAUCCAUUGGAAAAUCACCGGCAAGUGACUUUGAAGGAAUUCGGACCACAACUUCUAGAUAUUGGUUCAGAGAUACUUAGCGACAUCAGAAUUGACCCACAAAACAGACUUCACUUGGAGCGUGCUGUGUUUGAAAAGUUAAUAAAUAUAUAUGGGCAAGGAAGAAGUCUUGAAAAAACUCGCCAUAAGAUUAGCAAGGUUGUCAGUGUGACGCUAUUGGAUGCUAAGUCGUCGGUGGAUGUUACAGUCAUUUCUGGGGAAUUUGACUUGCUUCCUCAGCAAUUCGACAUUCCACUAGAGCAUCAUCCCAAUGAGUGUCUCCUUGAAGAAGAGAAUAAAGAAACCCAUGGUGAUGAGGAAAGACAUGUGAAAAACUCCAACAUCUUCCAGGAGAGAGUGGGCAAUCAUUUGGUGUCUAUUGAUGUGACUAUUACCGAUAUUCCCGAGUGUCAUGAUGCAGUUGGCAAUGACGGAAAACGUUUGGCCGGCAAAGACAAUGGCCAUACGUUUGUGGUAUUCUUCUGCCCCAAAGCGUAUAAGCGUGGAGUUAUUCACAUUCACCACUAAGACCUAUGCAUGCUUUGUAAAAUAAAGACACAAGUACAUGCA